GCCGGUGAGGCUUCGGAGCAGAAACAUGGUUCAACUUCAUGCAACUUUCUCUUUCAGAAACUCUCCCAAAUUCUCAGGUUCUUCUCCCAAACGUCCCCGUUUCUCUCCCACAUCCUCAGGCCUCUCUCCGAAACGUCACCGUUUCGGUGUCAAAUAUCUCAGAGCAAAUCUCCUUGGCACUAAUUUAACAUUUAAUUGCAAGGCCAAUGGAGGAGAAUUGGAUCCCCUGCCUCACUUGCAGACUCUCGGAACAUUUCCAAGGGAGGAGCUUGCUGCAAAAGUUGUCCUGGUCAGAUUUGACUCUGCCCUUUUGCUUCAUGAACAUGUGGAACAACACAGAUUCCAAUCCGAUGCGGUAUUAACGAUUAAGUAUUUAUGCCAAUCCGGGGCUAGAGUAGUUCUUGCUAGUGAUUGGAGUGUUAAAACUAAUCCUAAACUGUGUGUUGCACAGUCUGUUGCAGAUUUCUUGUCAUCUCUUGUUGACUACAAAGUUGCUCCGGUGCAAUGUAUUUCUAACCUGGCAUCAAAGGUGGAAGGUUUUGAGAAAGGAGAUAUUGUUCUUCUUGAGAAUCUUUCUGAGUUUAGAGGGGAAGUUGCCAAUUGUUCAAAAUUUGCUCAAGUAUUGUCAUCAGGAGUUGAUAUUUUUGUUAAUGACUACUUUUCCCGGUCUCAUAAGAUGCUUGCAUCCACCUGUGGAGUUGCUCGCUUCUGCUAUGGCAACUUAGCUGGUUUUCACUUUGAGAAGAGCCUAUCUCAACUUAGAAGGGCUGCAGAAACCGACACAAAACCUUAUGUAGCAAUUAUUGGUGGGGGUAAUCUCUCUGAUAAAGCAGCUGCUUUGCACUCCUUAGCUUCAAUAUGCGAUGGGUUAGUCUUUGUUGGAAUGAUGUCAUUUCAAAUAAUUCACGCCUUAGGGAUAUCUGUUCCCUUGAAUUUCUUGGAACAUGGGGCACUUAAGGAAGCUUUAGAUAUAGUCCAGGUUGCACACGAUAGAAAUGUACAGAUACUAUAUCCAAAAGACUUUUGGUGCAAGAAUGAUUCUCUUCCGAAGCAAUUGGAAAUAUUUCCUGCUCAUGGUAUUCCAGAUGGAUGGGUACCUAUUGAUAUUGGGCCUGUAUCGUUGGUUGAAAUAAACUCCAUGCUUACAAAGUGCAAGGUACUUUAUCUAAGCAUGACAUCUAGCAAGCUUAAUAUAGCCCUGGAGACGGUUUUUUCACUUUCAACUCCGAAAGUCACUUGGAUUGGUCCAGUAAAAUUCUGUAUGAGUAACUGCACAAAAGGAGCUUCUAUACUGGCCCAAAUGCUUAAUCAACUAAGUCAAAGCAACUGCAGCGUAACUGUUGUUGGGAGUAUGGCAUGCGAAGCAAUGGUGAAGGAAUCAAAUUCUGUCUCUCAUUUGACCAUGAUUGAGAAUGCUUCAGUUGUAUGGGAGUUUCUCAAGGGAAGAAAACUUCCGGGGGUCAUGGCCUUAGAUAGGGCAUACCCUUUUGAUAUUGACUGGAUUGCUGCCUAUUCUGAUCCAGCUCAACCUUUGGUAGUUGAUAUUGGAAGUGGUAAUGGAAUGUUCCUUUUCGGGAUGGCCAAAAUAAGGAAGGAUUUGAACUUUCUUGGUUUGGAGAUGAAUAAAAAGCUGGUACAACCUUGCCUGGAUUCUGUUCACCAGUCUGGUAUACGAAACGGGUAUUUCAUUGCAACAAAUGCAACAUCAACAUUCCGUUCAAUUAUCUCUAGUUACCCUGGAAAGCUAGUUCUUGUGUCAAUACAGUGUCCGAAUCCUGAUUUCAGUGAACCAGAACAUAGAUGGAGUAUGCUGCAAAGGUCAUUAGUUGAAGCAAUUUCUGAUCUCCUUACAGCUAAUGGAAAGGUCUUUCUGCAAUCUGACAUAGAGACCGUCUCUGUGAGAAUGAAAGAACAGUUUCACAAAUAUGGUAAGGGAAAGCUUACUGUUCUGCAUGAACAAAGUUAUGUCGUAACUAAUGGAGGGUGGCUUAAGGAGAACCCCUUUGGAGUUCGGUCAGAUUGGGAACGACAUGUCCUAGAUCGUGGGGCUCCUAUGUACAGAUUGAUGCUUCGUAAAUCAAACUCUGGUGAAAGAAGUGAUUGCAGUUAACGAUGUAGGAAACUGGCAAGCCUUGUACCAGUGGAGCUAAAUGGGGUAUAGUCUAACUGUGCAGUGGUCUAGACUCAUUUCCCGAUCACAUCUAUUUCUCCCAGCAAUGGUAAGGG